GCCAUGACGAGUGUACUGUAACCUUAAUUCUCGACCUCGCUCCACCACCAGAAUUACAAUAUCUGAUUCUGUUAAUCCAUAUUCUUAGUAAAACAAAACUGGCCCGUCGAUGGCGUUUGCUUGGAAAAAGAGCUUUACGUAUAGCAAAUACCUCUCUCUUUGCUCCCAGGCUGUCCGAGAUGCCUUAAAACCCGAGCUUCGGGCUCAGUCUCAGGCCCGUAGUACUGUUGAAUUUGUAUACAGCAAGUGGAAGGAUGGGUCUGUGCAGUAUACGAAAUCAGGCACACCUAAGGAGGAGGAGAAUAACACCAAGGAGGGGUAGAUGAAGUAGGUGAUGAGGCGAAAACAUGAAAAAACGAGGAUCUGUGUGCUUCUAAGAACUACGAAUUACUUGCGUCCCGACCCGACCCGAUCCGACCCGAUCCUCUGCAUUGUGAUCCUACGUAUAGCCAACGGGGAGCUGGAUAGUCUCUAGUUAUGUAUUAAUGAGGUUUUGAUGAAAUGAAAUUGCUUGUGUUAAGCAGAUGGUGAUCAUUAAGGAGUACAACUUGCUAAUCGGGAGAUUCGCGUCGUGCCCAUUGCCGGUUCCCGUCCUUGGCUGAUUCCUUCAUUAUGUUGUUUAUGACCAAAAAAGGAUUUGUUUCGUCCUGGGUAUGUGCCUUUAUUGAGGCCUUGGUUCUGUCUUGAUUUACUAUAUAGCCGGUGUCAAAAAAUAGUUCAAUCUGUUCCAGCUUUAUAAGCAGAUUAUGUAACUGAAUGACUUUUAACAUACAAAUUGGGGUAAACAAACGGACGUAGUAUGAACUCCAAAAGAAGUCUUGUCCUAUCAAGGUUUACAAAGUAAUAAAAUGCAUAUUUUUAAAUUUAGUGUAUAAACAAAUCGGUUUCAUUUCGUU